CCCGCCCCCCGCAUUGCUGAUGCUGCUGCUGGCAGACAUGGACGUGGUGAAUCAGCUGGUGGCCGGGGGUCAGUUCCGGGUGGUCAAGGAGCCCCUUGGCUUCGUGAAGGUGCUGCAAUGGGUCUUUGCCAUCUUCGCCUUUGCCACAUGCGGCAGUUACAGUGGGGAGCUCCGGCUGAGCGUGGACUGUGCCAACAAAAGCAAGAGUGACCUCAACAUCGAGGUCGAAUUCGAAUACCCCUUCAGGCUGCACCAAGUGUACUUUGAUGCACCCAACUGCGGAGGAGGCACUACCAAAGUCUUCCUGGUGGGAGACUACUCCUCAUCAGCCGAAUUCUUUGUCACCGUGGCCGUGUUUGCUUUCCUCUACUCCAUGGGGGCUCUGGCCACCUACAUCUUCCUGCAGAACAAGUACCGAGAGAACAACAAAGGACCCAUGCUGGACUUUCUGGCCACCGCAGUGUUCGCCUUCAUGUGGCUUGUUAGUUCAUCGGCCUGGGCCAAGGGGCUGUCAGACGUGAAGAUGGCCACAGACCCAGAGAACAUUAUCAAGGAGAUGUCUGUCUGCCACCAGGCAGGAAAUACAUGCAAGGAGCUGAGGGACCCUGUGACCUCUGGCCUCAACACCUCGGUGGUGUUCGGCUUCCUGAACCUGGUGCUCUGGGUCGGCAACCUGUGGUUCGUGUUCAAGGAGACAGGCUGGGCCGCCCCAUUCCUGCGUGCGCCUCCCGGCGCCCCGGAGAAGCAGCCAGCGCCCGGGGACGCCUACGGCGAGGCGGGCUACGGGCAGGGCCCUGGCGGGUAUGGGCCCCAGGACUCCUACGGGCCCCAGGGCGGCUACCAGCCUGACUACGGACAGCCAGCCAGCGGCGGUGGCGGCGGCUAUGGGCCUCAGGGCGACUAUGGGCAGCAAGGCUACGGCCCUCAGGGUGCGCCCACCUCCUUCUCCAAUCAGAUGUAGUCUGGUCAGCGCAGUCCGGGAGGACCCCAUGGGUGGGCAAGAGCUCAGGAGAAGGCCUGCCCCCCUUCCCACCCCUACACCCCAGGUCUCCGUCCCUCAAGCCAGGAGACUCUUAACUGUCUUUGCUGUUUAUAUAUAUAUAUAUUAUAUAUAAAUAUCUAUUUAUCUGUCUGAGCCCUGCCCCCACCCACUCCCCUCUUGCAUUAGGGGCCUGAUCUUGAGUGGGCCCCUCUCUAACCCCUACCCCUUCCCCUGCACCCCUUGGCCCUUCUCUGUUCCCUGGCCCUGGGCCCGGAGGUUGAGGGGCUCUGAAAGGGAGACAGUGAGGAGACAGACCUCGGUUGUGUGGGGAGGGUAAGAGUGACUUCAGACCCUCUCCCCUUCUCCUUCCCCUCCUCCCACUCUGGCCUUGAUUCCUCCAGCAAUGCCUGAACAGGGGCCAUUAAGGGAAAUUCAACCCUGAAGCGGGGAGAAAGGCAGAGACUGGGGGGGCUUGGGACCCAAGGUGGUCUUAGAGAGGAGCUGGAGUCAAGGGGACUAGUAACCAGAGGGGUUAGGUUCCACACGUACCUGAUCUGGAGCCUAAAGAAGAGGGGUGCCCUAGAGCAUUUCGGAUUGAGCUGGGAAGGAGGUUGAGGGCGUGGUUCUAGAAGGGGCGGAACUUUGAGUGAGGCUGCACGUGGGCCCCAGAGUGGGCACGGCUUGGAGUAGGAGAAGGUUCUACAAAAGGGGUGUGACAAGGGGCCUGGGGACAGGGUCUGGAAGAACAUAGAGGGCUGGUUCUAGAAGGGGUGGGGCUUUAACCAGGGAAUGGGUAAGGCUCCACAGUGGGCGGGUCUUGGAUUGCGGCUAGAGUCUAUGGAAGGGGUGGGGCUGGAACAUUCUGGAAUGCCCCGUCCCAUAGGGCAGUGAAGAAAACAUGUUUGAGAGUGGGCGGGUUUGGCAGUGUGGUGGGAGGAGGCUUGCCUGGGGGCUGCGGGAUGGGUUUUGUUGGGGGGGGGAAGUAGUAUCUCUGGCUAAGGCUGGGGACUCAGGUGCCCUGGGAAGAGCAGAGAGGUAUGGCUUGGAGGGUAAGGGGUGAGAUCCAGAGAGAAGUACGCCCCCCCCCCCCCCCCCCCCACACCCUUGCUCAUCCCUGCGGCGGAACAGCUAGGUAAUCAGAGGACAGAGUCAAGGGAUCUGUGGGGCCGACCCACCCCCUCCACCCUCCUUCCCCUGCCUCCUCCCUCCCUCCACACCCCAACCCGUCCUGGGGUGGCUGGAGACCCGGUCUGGAGCCCCUGUCCUGCACCCUCUGCUGUGUCUGUGACGUCGGUAGUGCCUGUGAUCGUGUGUUGCCAUUUUGUCUGGCUGUGGCCCCUCCCCCUCUCCUCCAGACUACCCCCCCCCUUUCCCGCGCCCUUCUAUUGUUUGUAGACUCCCUCCCCGAGGAAGAACAAAUACGAUUAAU